AGGGGAUAGAGAUCCAAGGCCAUGCUCUGGGUCAAUUAUAUAAAUACAAUACUUAGCAUAUGAUAAUCUUAUUUGGACUGGUAUAACCUGAGACUAACAUAAACAAAAUUGAAGUUGUUCAUUUAUGUUGAAGACAAACGAAGUAAUCACAAGCGAUAUGUCAACACCAAAAGUUUUAUUCUCAUAUAUUGAGAGGAACGACACAGCAUCGUUGAGACAAGCGAUCAAGUUUGGAGGGAUAAACCCAAACCACUGGUGCGCCUCGGAUCAGAGCCCUCUUUACUAUGCGAUCAAACUACAGUACCCGGAGAUCGUGAAGGUCCUACUAGAGAAUGGAGCUAGUCCGAAUAUGAUCGAUAAUAAUCAAAUGAUUCCAAUACAGAUUGCUUUAUCAAUGGCCUCAGCUUGUAAAGAUAGGACAAUUUGUACUCUUGCGAAUUGUCAGCCAGAUAUUUCCAGAACAAUGCAUUACACGGCCGAUGCUAACGAAUAUAUGAAGGAUCAGGAGGAAAUUAAUUAUACAAUCAAUUUAGAACAUUUCCAAGGGAAUAUAUGGAACACCCAAAACACAAAGGAUGCUACUUAUACCGAAGCAGUUACUAUCAUUAAACAUCUGGUCGAGCACGGCUGCAUUGCGAACACUUUAUAUAGCCCUGUAUCUGCAUCUGAUCCAUUUCUGAAAAUUUCUGCACUACAUGAUGCUGCUAUGACCUUACAGCCGGAGGUGGUUGAAGUUCUCCUUCAAUCUGACAACAUAGAUGUGGACCUCCUUACAUCCGAAGGUCGCACUGCUCUAUCCAUUGCUUGUAAUAGCAGGCAAAUAAAUGAGGAAGACGAUGCUUCACUCAAAAUUAUCAAAACGCUAAUUGGACACAAUUGCGAUGUUAACAAAGGAGAUAAGGUUCUGUCAACCCCAUUGAGAAUUGCACUUGAGAAAAAUGAUGAGAAGCUUUGUAAAUUGCUGUUCAAAGCUGCAGUUGAAGUAAAAGACGUAUUAUACUCCCCUCUUUAUGUAGCAAUUACCCGAGACUGUUCUGUAGCAAUCGUAGAAGCGUUGAUUAACCUCGGAUGCGAUAUUAAUAGAAUUAUGAACUUCAUGGGCGAAACUUACCUAAUCUUAGCAACGCAUAAAGGAAGGUGUGAUCUUGUUGAACUCCUUUUAUUGAGAGGUUCUAAUAUCCCUCGAAGUUGGUACAAAGGAGAGGCGAUUCUCAGUGCCGUGGAGCAAGAUGAUGUAAACAUAUUAAAGCUAUUCAUCCAUCAUGGGGUGGAUAUAGAAUGUAACAAUAACUCAAAGACUAGCAUAGUUCACGAGACAGUCAAGCACAACAGCCAGCAGGUUUUAAACUAUCUUAUUCGUGAUACUACAAUUGAUCUAGAUCAAGUUGAUCACCAAGGCAAAACACCCCUGUAUAUUGCAUCAGCACAUGGCCAUCUGAAAUGUCUGAAGCUUCUGGUUGAAAAUGGUUGUGAUAUAUAUACAAGAUGUAACAAACUAUUCUCAAUAUUUGAAGUGGCUGUAUUCUCUGAGAAUUUCCAAUGUGUUGAAUUCUUGCUUUCUAUCUGGUCUCAUCCACAGCCAAUUAUUGCUAAAAUUCUUAACAACUGCAAAGAAUCUCAUGAAAGUGUUAGACACUGGGCUAGAAUUAAGAGUUUCAUAGAAAUGAAAAUGGGAGAAUUCCCUUCUCUGCAACAAGUUACUCGGGACAACAUUCGUAAAUUAGUUGGUCAAAGAAACCUCGAGGCAAAAAUGAGAGAAGUUGGACUCCCGAAACUUAUGACCUCUUAUAUUAUGUCAGAGACAUGAAAAACAUAAAUAACAGCUAAUGACCUGGCUGUGAGGUUACUAUAUUUACAAGUUAUAAAUGCUUUGGACUUUUACCCACGGACUAUGUAAUUAAUUUACCUUAUUUAUUAGAAUGUGUGGCGUACAAACUAUUUACUAAGGUGUGUUGCGAUAUGCAAUCUAAACACAUGUAAAUGUAAGGUCGCGUGCACGUAAUCUCCCGAUAAAGUAAACAGAAUCUUAAUGCCUUGGUCACAUUUGCUCUGAUUUCCACUACGGCGCCCGGCCGAUUGAGUAUUUUGUUCAAAAUUGAAUACAAUAUUGAACAAAACACUCAAUCGACCGGGCGCCGGCCGAUGGAUCGGAGCAUAUGUGACCAAGGCAUGAGGUGGACUAAAGUGCUGCUUUUUUUUCGUGAAGCCUCAAGCCACUCAGUAAAAUUACGAUUUCUCGGCACCCUGAUGUCCAAUCAACAUCAUUCGAGUAUCUAUGUGUUUCUGACACGUUUGGGCAUCCUGUAAUGACAACGUCUACCCAAUGUUUGCACGCAAAAUUGACGUAAUUCAUGACUGAAAUCGGGAAGACAAAAAUAUGUGAUAUUCUUACAGAAUUGUUUAUAAUACAUGUAACUAUUUACAAAAAUGUUCCCGAGACACAAAUCCAUUUAGGUAAGGUUUGUUUUAAAGUCGAAAAGCCCCAAUAAGACAAUACAAACCCAGAUAAAACCCGGAAGACUGCAGAUUUCAUGUAAUGAAAUUUGUUUGUGAAUCUCAAAUUUUGUCUUCCCGAUGGUCUAGCUUGCCGUUACCACCAAGAGUGAUAUUCAACGUUUUCUAUUUUCAGAUCUGUAUCCGAUCUGCAUCCAAAUAUAUAUCAAGAAAGCUUAUACCACCCUAGAAUGUAUAGUCUGUCACGUAACUUUAUGGAUGAUGUGUGGGCGAACGGUUCGCGAGUCUUUCCACUUCAGCUUUAAUGAUACUUUUAACAUGAUUUUGGAGAUUGUAUCUCUGUGCUACUUGUCCCGUUCCAUCAAUGUCUAAAGACGAUUUAAUUCUCCAAAUAUCAGAUGCAUGCGAUUCCCGAUAGAGAAAUUGGCACUUUUGUGUCUCGGGGAAGGAUGUGUGGGUGAUUGAAUCGAAUUUCACGGAGGAUGGUGGUCAUAGUGGUUACAAGAUAAUGUUAUGGUGACCACACCGUUGAAUGAACACCACCGCAAAUAGUCCAAUUAGUCCACAUUCAUGGCAGUCUUUAUAGUUCUAUAAAAUAAAUGCCAUACACAUGA